AUGCCUCAGAGAAAUUCGGUUUCUUGGAAUGUAAUGAUAACAGCUUAUGUUCGAGGGAGGGAAAUAGUUGAGGCAUUGGAACUUUUUAGGGAAAUGAAAGCAAGAGGAGAGUAUUGUACGGUGAUUACUAUUGUGGUUGUAUUGUCGGGUUGUGCUGACAUUGGAGCUCUUGAUCUUGGUAAAUGCAUUCAUGGUAAUGUUAGUAAAAGUAAUCUUGGUUUUGGUGUUACUGUGAAUCCUGCUUUGAUGGAUAUGUAUGCAAAAGUGGAUGUCUUGAUAUGGAAAGAAUGCCGCGAGGUUUUUGUUGACAUGAUAGAAUUGAAGAUGAAACCGAAGAGGUUACAUUCUUGUCAGUUCUAUCAGCUUGUAGUCAUGCAGGGUUACUUGUUGAGGGUCAGAGUUUGUUCAAUGGAUGAACAAUUCUAUGGUUUGCAACCCAAGAUUGAGCAUUAUGGUUCAUGGUGGAUCUUCUUGGCCGAGCUGGGCUUUUAG